GCGGGCCUUUGCGAACACUCUUGUAUAUUGGGCUUACUCUAGACUGUGCACCCUGCUUCCAUAUGCUAGAGGGACGCCAGCCAAUGAAGAUCCUAAGCGCGUGGUAAGAAGCUCGCAUGCCUCCGCCGCCCGCAGUUGACGUGAUUGACGGUAUGGAGCCUGUCAAGGCGCGCCCCGCAUAGAGGUAGGAGUGAGUCCAUCCUUCGAACAUACAGUCUCCUUAUUUAGGGUGUGCGUCUUCUAUACUUGAGCAUUGUGCUCUCCCUUUUCCACAUUUUGCAGGACGGUAUCAUUGGCUGCUUUAGGUCGAGAAUGAGCGCCCCAACGGCUUCCAAUGUGACCGCCGGCGAGGUUCCCAGUAAGCGGCCGAACUUCCUUGUUAUAGUAGCGGACGAUCUGGGCUUCAGCGAUCUCAGUUGCUUUGGCGGAGAGAUACGCACACCAAACCUUGACAAGCUUGCCAGCAAUGGCCUCCGCUUCACCGACUUCCACGCGGCCGCCGCCUGCUCGCCCAGCAGAGCCAUGAUUAUGACGGGCACGGAUCACCAUAUCGCCGGGCUGGGCAACCUCAUCGAGUGGACCAACCGCAGUGACCAAAACGCGCCGAGCGAUGGCGAGAUCAAGUACUGGUCCACCGCCCCUCAGCGCGGCAUGCCAGGAUACGAAGGCUACCUGAACGAGCGCGUCGUGACCCUCCCGGAACUGCUUCGCGAUGCCGGCUACCUCACUCUCAUGGCAGGUAAAUGGCAUCUAGGUCUUACGCCGGAGCGAUUCCCGGGUAAACGUGGCUUCGAGAGAAGCUUUGCCCAUUUGCCGGCAUGUAGCAAUCACUAUGCGUAUGAGCCGCAAUUGGAAGGUCAUGAUCAGAUCCCGGGCUUCAUGACGAUGAGCUUCAUUGCCUUGCAUGCCGAGGACGACCAAUACGUCAAGCAGCUUCCGAAAUCAUGGUACAGCUCAGACGGUUACGGCGACAAAAUGCUCUCGUAUCUCAAAGACCGGACAGGGAAGGGCGAUGAGCGCCCGUUCUUCGCUUACUUUCCAUUCACUGCUCCACACUGGCCUCUGCAAGCGCCAGACGAAUACAUCGCCCACUACAAAGGCGUGUACGACGAAGGGCCAGAUGUACUACGCGAGCAGCGGCUCGCACGUAUGAAGAAGCUCGGCCUAUGUCCGGAAGACGUCACGCCCCAUCCUGUUAUAGCCGACGAAGUCAAAGCAUGGGCCGAUAUGACUGCUGAAGAGCGAGCAAAGAGCUGCAAAGCCAUGGAAGUUUUCGCCGCUAUGGUCGAGUGCAUCGAUGUUAACGUUGGCAAAGUCGUCGACUACCUGGAACAAACAGGCGAGCUCGACAACACGUUCGUAUGCUUCAUGUCCGACAAUGGCGCCGAAGGAGCAGCAUAUGAAGCGUAUCCCAUCGUGCAAGGGACGAUGAUGCAGCAUCUGAAGAAGUACUACGACAAUAGUCUCGAGAACCUCGGUCACGGGAACAGCUUCAUAUGGUACGGUCCUCGCUGGGCCCAGGCGGCUACGGCGCCGAGUCGACUGUACAAAGCCUUCACGACCGAGGGGGGUGUUCUUGUGCCCUUUCUGGCCAAGAUGCCGAAAGGAUACACAAGUGAGAAGGGUGCCAUCUCGCACAGUUUCAGCACGGUCAUGGAUCUUGCGCCCACAAUUCUCGAGAUGGCUGGUGUGUCGCAUCCGUCACCCGACGGAAAGGGCACAUACAAGGGCCGACCAGUUGUCAGCAUGCGCGGGCGCAGUAUGAAAGCGUGUCUUAUGGACAGCUCAACCGCUGUGCAUGCGGAAGAUGGCGUGCACGGGUGGGAGACGUGUGGAAGAGCUGCCGUGCGGUGCGGUGACUGGAAGAUCGUGUUCAUCCCUAAACCCAAAGGCCCAGAGAAGUGGCAAAUGUACAACCUCGCCCACGACCCAGGUGAAGUCCACGACCUCGCCGAAGCCGACCCAGAAAGGCUGCAAAAGAUGAUCAAGAUGUGGGAUCAGUACGUGCUCGAGUGCGGAGUCGUCCCCUUGGCGCCUGCACUUGGCCAUUGGCUCGCAGCGAUGGACGAGCAGAUGCCCGAGAAUGUGUGGAUGGAGUACGAGUACUGGAAAGAAGGUGCUAGAGAUGAGCCGGACAAGUUUCGGAGGGCGGUGCCACGAUUCACGAGGGAGGUGAAGGCAAUGUAGUUCUGUACAUCGUUCUGGUCGCACUAUUUUGCCAUUGAGAGGGCUGAGGCGUUCUUUGAGGCCGCCCUUGGGGCAAAUGCAGCCAGCCGGUAGCGUCCGCGUCGGCUCGUCCUAUGAACGGUGUUCCAGAUGCGAUUGUGCGCAGAUACUGUUGGCAAUCGAAGAUGAAGCUUGUGAUUGCAUCUGCGUUCACAUUAUGCCAUCGCUACAUUAUGCAGAUCACCUAGUUGCUUGACAGCACACCGUUAAGGCCAACGUUUUCAUACAGUACCCGCAAUGCUCAACUCCCGUAUCUGCCCCAGCACAUCUUCCACCCUCGCGUCCAGAUCGCCACUUGCGUACUGGUCGCGCGUCGAAGCAUCGAGAUACCUAUAAACACAGGUGAAAAGCAUUAGCAUGACCG